AUGGAGGAAAAACUAGAGAAGGAGCAGGAAGGGAGGGCAAAGGGCCACGUCCUCCGCCUGCCCCACCCCGCUGACAAGAGUCCCAGUCACCAGGCCACCCUCUCAGUCUGGGGCCCUCGAGGGAGCCCAGAAUCCCAAGUGGCUGGAGCACUGGGGGAUACGCAGACAGAGCCCUCGCUGGACCAGGUCCUCCGGGAGCGGGAUGAAGCCAUUGCCAAGAAGCGGGCAGUGGAGGCUGAGCUGGACAUAUUCAAAGCCAAGUUGCGAGCUGUGGAGGCCCAGCUGCUGGAAGUUCUGGAGGAGAAGCUGAGACUGAGGCAGGAGGUGGAGGCCUGGGAGGACGACAUGCAGCGGCUGGUGAGGCAGCAGGUCGAGAGUCAGCUGCAGAGAGAGUCCAGGGGCGCUCUGGGAGCCCCCAUGGACCCUGGAACUGCCAGGACCCCCUGGGUCCGAUUCACCCUGAGUCGGUGGGGACGCUGGUGGUGA